CCUUCCACUCGCCCCCAACCAAAGCAAGCGCCCAAACAUGGCGACAACCCUCUAAAUCUCUCCCUCCUCAACCAAACUACAGACUAAAAAGCAGACAAAACCUGCAGAAAAGCCCAGAAAAUAACAAAUGGUGUCCACCCCCUCCCACACAAUAACCAAGCGGCUGUGCCACAUUAUCCGACUACUAUAUUACAUGCUUCGCAACAGCAUCUCAAAAAGAAAGCUGAUGAUGGACCUUCAUCUCCUCCUCCAGCGCGGAAAACUCGCCGGAAAAGCCCUCAGCAAGUUCAUCUCUUUCCACCAAGGCGGCGGCGGCGGCGCCUUAGAAUUCAACUGCAACAACACUCCUUUCUACGCCACUGCUAGGAGAAACAAACGCCGCCGCCGGAAGGUCGAGUUCGACAGCUUCGACGAAGCUAUGAUGGCGAAGGCGUUCGAAGUAUUGAGUACAGAGGUUUCCGACACGGAGACCGUCAUAUCGCCAUCGCCGUCGCCGUCGCCAGCUAUGUGGUGGUUGGGGAGGAGUCCGGCGUGGGUACGGCAGUUGAGGGUGACUGAUUCGCCGUUUGUGGGGAGUGAGGAGGUGGUGGAGGAAGGAAAGGUUGAUGAGGAGGCUGAGGACUUCAUCAGGUGGUUUCAUGAACAGCUCCGUCGGCAGCAAGUGGAGUCCGCCGGAGCGACUCCGGAGUUGCUUCAGAGCCGAUCUCGCUUGCCGGCGAACGGUGGUCGAGCGCGUUCAAACGUUGGAGGUUGGAGUUGAUGUUACAAAGACAAGUUACUUCCAUGUUACAAUGAAAAGUAUUGAUCAUUGUCUUUGAAUACUUGAUGAAAUGAACAUCAAGCCCCUACCCCAUCUAGCUUGAUAUGUUGACUAUGGUGAUCUUUCUACUUCAUUUCUGCAUGAAUUCUUACAUAAAACCUGUUCUAGAUACUGUACUGAUAAUAUUGGGGGAAUUAGUCCACUAGAUU